AUGCAACAUGAUGUUGAUUAUAGUGUUUGUGGUGAUAACCGAAAUUGCAAAAAUAAAGCUGACCGUAAAAUGGUAAAAUCGUUAGACGCCAUUCCUUAUAAUGAACGACAAUGGGGACACUGGUUAGCUAGAAAUCUAAUAAACACAAAACAGAAACUCAGCCUUGGUUUAAACUAGAAAAGCCGUUGAGUAACAGUUGGCAACAACAAUUAGCAGACGAAUUACAUAAACCAAUAAAACACAACUUUACUCGGCGGCGUGUUAUUACAACCGGUAUUGACAAAAUUUGGUGCUCAGAUCUGGUUGAGAUGCAACAGUUCAGCAAAUGGAACAAAGGUUAUAGAUAUCUUCUCAUGGUACUUGAUCUAUUCUCCAAAUAUGGCUGGAUUGUACCAUUAAAGGAUAAGAAAGGGGAAACUGUCACAGAAGCAUUCAAAACUAUAUUCAAAGAGGGCCGUAAACCACAAUAUCUUUGGACUGAUAAGAGGAAAGAAUAUUAUAACAAAAAUAUGAAAGAACUGUUGGAAAAGAAUAAUAUAACACUAUAUUCAACCGAGAAUGAGGAAAAAUCUAGUGUAUGUGAAAGAUGGAACCGUACAAUUAAAACCAAAAUGUGGAAGCAGUUUACUGUUCAGGGUAAUACCGUAUAUUUAGACAUACUGCCAAAAAUAUUGGAGCAGUAUAAUAACACCAAACACAGUUCCAUUGAACCGUGUAUUACAGUCUAUAUGGAGAUAUGAUCGUGAAGCAAUUGUCAUUUAAGCCCAAAUUCAAGGUUGGUGAUAAAGUUAGGAUAAGUAAGUACAAGGUGUUCGAUAAAGGGUACACACCUAAAUGGACAGAGGAGAUAUUCCUGAUCGAUAAAAUCCAAUCCACGAACCCGAUCACAUACAGAUUGAAAGAUCUCACUAAUGAGGAAAUACAAGGUAGCUUUUAUGAGCCAGAAUUACUGACAGCAAAACAGGAUGUAUUUCGCAUUGAAAAGGUCAUUCGGAGGGAUUAUAAGAAGAAACAACCUCUUGUAAAAUGGUUGGGUUAUAGUGACGACUUUAAUAGUUGGAUUCCACUGAGCAGCUUACAAGAUUUAUCUAACUAAUAGUAUAUAUGGACGAUCAUAUAAGAAAGCUUGAUACUAAAAUCCAGAGUAAGGAAUCCGAGCUUAAUGCACUAUUCACCAUAAUCCAAAAAUUGGAAGAAGAGAUUGCGACAUAAUACCACAAGAAAUUAAUCUCCAAAAAGCUGGAAUCAGCUGAGAUGACAUUAACUGGCGUUUUAGGUGCAAUCUUUGAAACGGAGGAAGAGGAAGAGGAGAAUGAGUAAACUACCAGCCUUCAAAAAACGUGGACAGUAGGUUGGGGUCGUGAAACGCGACCUCAACAAAAUACCUCAAUUGUUGGCGUGGACAUUUCACUAAGGGGCGUCUACACGACGGGCCUUAGGUCUAAUGUGCUGAUAACGGCACCUCAGACCCACCAUACUUUUUAAUCUAUCAUGCUUUUCAUAUUUUUGGUCUGCAUGAUAAUAUUUAUGUAACCUAUAUAUAUGAAAAGCAUGAUGGAAAAAAAGUUUGUUAAUGAAGAUUUAAAAAUUGAGCUGACAUCAUUUAUUGAUGAUAAGCAAAAUGUUUGGUUUCGAGGAAAGGAUAUUGCUGAGAUCCUUGGUUAUAGUAAUGUAAGAAAAGCUAUCUGGAUUCAUAUUGAUGGUGAGGAUAAACAACUGAUUAGCUGACGUACCCAAAAUGGGGAUGGCAGGUCCCAAACACAGAAUCGUUACUAUACUUUUGAAAAUGAGUCUGGAUUUUACUCCUUAGUAUUAUCCUCAAGACUGGAAUCUGCAAAAAAGUUCAAACACUGGGUAACAUCGCAAGUCCUCCCAUCUAACCGUAAAUAUGGCCAAUAUAAACUGUUUGAUAGUCCCUGGAAUAAGAUGAUCAUGAUUGGCAAUGAGACUGACCUCCAUUAUAAAGUAGUGGACCUCAUAAGGAGAUAUUAUCCAGAUUCCAUAUUAGUAGCCGGUCUGAGAGAGAAUCAAGAUACUGAGGAUAAGAGACUAGAUUCAUAUAAGAAAGGAUAUACCCGCGAACAGCCCGAUCUAAUGGUACUCGAUUACCACAAAGAUUAUAACGGCCUCUGUAUUGAAUUCAAAUCACCAACUAAUAAUUAUCAUGUGUCAGAAGCCCAACUGGAAAUGAAGAAGAAGUACGUUAAUAAUGGCUAUGCAUUUAUACUCAGUAAUGAUUAUGGUAAAAUAUGCAUGAAUAUCCAUGAUUAUAUGAAAGGCAUCAGAGAGCCGUGUAAA